UCCAGCGGAGGCUCCUGUUCCUCCCUCAGGUCCUCCUGCGGUCCUUCAGAGCUGAAGCGGCGCGUUUUCGACGGAAUAUCUGGUGACACGUGAAGCGACUCCCGGCUGGACGCUGGGAGGUGAGUGUGAGCGGCUCCUGCCUCUCCUCCUCCUCCUUUAUGUCUGAUCAGCCCCACAGCGCGUAGAUCCUCUCCGCCCCGCUUCUGUCGCCGUGGACUUUGACUUUGGCUCAGUUUUCUGAUCCAAGAUGACGGAAAUCAGCGAGAAAGAAAACGAACCGCAGAACCUGCACCGACCGGCGGCCACCGUGCCCAGCCAGCAGGAAUCAAAGCUGCAGCGACUGAAGCGCUCCCUGUCCUUCAAAUCAGUCAUGCGCAGCAAGAGCAUGGACAACUUUUUCCAGCGCAGCAACGGUGAAACACGACCACCAUCGGCCCUCAUCACCACACCGCCACCGCCACCAUCCCCUCCCCCCUUCUCAGAGUCCCCCCUGGCCUAUGAGCGCUCUCCCUCCCUGUCCCCAUCUAUUAGUCCCAACCCUUCAUUGUCAUCACGCUCCCCAUCCGUCAGUCCUUCGCUGUCCAUGACCUCCAAGACCCAGCUAAAGUCUCAGGCCCAGCUGAUGCAGCCAGUCAAGACCCACUGUUUCCAGGAGCAUGUCUUCCGUAGACCAGCCAGCUGUCAGCGAUGCAAACACAUGAUCCAAGGGAACUCCAAGCAGGGGCUGCGCUGUAAAGCCUGUAAGCUGGCGGCCCACCUCUGGUGCUCCUCGGAGCUCUCCCAGCAGCCCUGUAAUGGCAAGUCCGGAGCUUUUAAGAGAAACUUCAGCUCUCCUCUGCUCACUGUCGAUGCACUGGGUGUGGUCACAGAGGCUCCUGCUGCCCAGGAGGCAGAUAGCAGCAGCGUUGACCCCGUGUACGAGGCACUGCGCUACGGGACGUCACUGGCUCAGCUGAGUCGCUCCAGCUUCGGCAGUAUCUCAGAAUCGCCCUGUCAUGAGGCUGAAAAACUGCAAGACAAACUGGAAAACCAGCCGAUAGCAGAAGAAGAGCCCAUCCCAGGGAUGCUCACUCCUCCUGAAAGCGAGAAGGCUGAUUCGGAGGACAGGGUCAGCCUGAAGACUCCCAAACGAGUAGAAGUUCACUCCAUCCACACCUACGUGGCCCUCUACAAGUUUCUGCCUCAGGAGAAGAACGACUUGGAGCUACAGCCUGGCGACAGAGUUCAAGUCACUGAUGAUUCCAACGAGGACUGGUGGAAGGGGAAAAGCAGAGACAAGGUGGGAUAUUUCCCAGCCAACUUUGUGCAGCGGGUCCGCCCAGGUGAGCGGGUGUGGAAGGUCACCGCCGGUUUCCACGGCAACCGAGACAAAGGCCAGAUGACUGUGAAAGAGGCCCAGAUCUGUGUGGGGAAGAACGAGGAGGCCGACGGUUUCCUCCGGCUGAGCAGUGGGAAGAAGAGAGGCCUGGUCCCUGUGAAGUAUCUGCAGGAAAUAUGA